AUGGACCGCUCCUGGCCUUGGUUCCACAUCUACAAAACCCGCCUUCCACGAGACCCCGCCCCAUCGGGGCAGGCCCCGCCCCUGCCAUUGCGCGGCCAGCAGGAGGCGCCGCGGCGCGCGCGGAUCGCGGUACCGGACCGGGCAAACGGCAGGCGUGGGAGCCGCACGGGAACGCGGCGCCUGCGACCCCUAGCUUUAACUGGGUGCGCUGGAGGCAUAGCCAGCCACUUCCAAAUUGGCGAGGAAGAAGAUGCCCACGAGUUUCUUCAGCACACGGUUGACGCCAUGCAGGAAGCGUGCCUCAGUGGCAGCAACGAGUUAGACAGACACACGCAGGCCACCACACUAAUUUGCCAGGUGUUCAGGGGAUACCUGAGAUCUAGAGAUGUAAUGCAUGCUUAUGAUGAAAAGAACAUUGUAGACACAUAUAAUGUCUGCCCUUCAGGAUUCAUGCUGCUGCUCCGAGUAUUAAUAAGCUUUUGGCGCAGUUCAUGAAGCCAGAACAGCUGGAUGGAGAAACUGCUACCAGUGUAGCAAGU